AUGCCGGAAGCUGUGGUUUCAACAAAUCUUCCUUGGGUGGAAAAAUAUCGUCCGCAAACACUCACCGAACUUGUUGCUCAUGAAGAAAUUGUCAAAACUCUUUCGAAGUUUAUUGAAAACAAAACAUUGCCACAUCUUCUGUUUUACGGACCGCCUGGUACAGGAAAAACUACAACGGUUCUUGCCGCUGCUCGCAAAAUGUACCCAAAUACAAAGCUCUCCUCUAUGGUUCUCGAAUUAAACGCCUCUGAUGAUCGUGGAAUUGACGUCGUUCGAAAUACUAUUGUCCAAUUCGCCCAAACAAAAUCGCUUUUUUCAACAGCAAAAGAUGCAGCUGGGGAUGGAAUCAAGUUCAAGCUCGUUAUUCUCGAUGAAGCCGACGCAAUGACAAAAGACGCUCAAAACGCGCUCAGAAGAAUCAUUGAGAAGUACACGGACAACGUGCGCUUCUGCAUCAUUUGCAACUAUCUUUCCUCAAUUAUUCCGGCAAUUCAAUCAAGAUGCACUCGAUUUCGGUUCGCUCCGCUCGAAAUGAAGCUGAUCGGGCCAAGAUUGGAUCAUGUCGUGAAGCAGGAGAAUCUGAAAAUGACCGAUGGCGGAAGAACGGCUUUGUUGGCGGUGGCCGGUGGAGACAUGAGAACAGUCCUCAACACGUUACAGAGUACUGCAAUGAGUUUCGCAGAAAUUUCGGAGACCACAGUCUACCAGUGCAUCGGACAACCAACUCCCUCGGAAAUGAAGUCGGCAGUAAAUGCUCUUCUCAACGAUCCUGUCAAAAAGUGCAUUGAAGUGAUCAAGAAGAACUUCUUCGAUAAUGGGUACGCUUUGCAAGACGUCAUCACCCAUUUGCACGAAUUGGCUUACACAUUGGAUAUUCCGGAUGAUGCUUUGAGCGCAAUCGUGACAGGACUCGGCGAAGUCGAAGAGAAUCUCGCGGCCGGUUGCAGCAACGAGACGCAACUCGCCGCCGUCGUCGCAUGCUUCUUCGAAGCCAAACAGAUUUGCUCGAAGUCGAUCAAAGCCUAA